CGGGUCUGUUCAGGUCCGAACCAGAUACACUCAGUCUGCCCGCAGUCUUCAUACAAAUCCUACAAGGCGUGAGCCGCCCGUCACUUCCCUCUUUCUGAAAAUGCAAACGAAUUACCGAAUUUUCUGAUUCAACGAGAGCUUCGUUUGGAAGCCCAUAAACAAAAACGUACGCAAGAGACAGCAGCUGACCAGACAGACAUGUCGAGGCUAUGGGCUCGGGUUGCAAGAAUGUUCAGCGACCGAACGAUGAUGGGGGUGGACAAAUCAGGGAAUCGAUACUUCGCCAGAAAAGAAGAGAUAGAUGGUGUUAGUAAUGAAAGAGAAAAGAUACGUGAUAUUUAAAGCAGAGGAGGACCCAACAUCCAUUCCAGUUGAAUGGAUAUGCUGGCUGAAUGGGCAGCGGAAAAAAGCUCCAACGCCAGAGGAAAUGAUGGAGUUGGAGGCAAGACGUGAACUUGUUAAACUCAAUGUUGCUCGUCUGAAGCAAGAAGAAGAAGAGAGGAGAGCCAAAGAAGGCGGUAGUCGAUUGGCCACCAGCAGUAAAGUUGGAGGUCCAGAUUUGAAAAGUUUCAUUAAGCAGUUUCCGGCUCCUUCAAAAGGUGACAGAGUUGGAGAACUAUCCAAUGUUGCAGCUGACACGAGGACUAGCGAUGAAUCAGAGACAGACAAAAAUAUCCCACACAAGCCUAUGCAACAGCCAGAAUCCUCAGAGCCAACGGGUUCUGGCGAAUCCUUCAGACCGGGAACAUGGCAACCGCCAAUGUAAUUACUCUCACACGCCGCCAGGCUUCAUUAGCAUUUAUCCUUACAGUUGCAAUGCUGGCUGACAAAGUUGACAAAGCUCCUGUCUAUUUGUCCUGAUUCGACUCAUCCAUGCUACGCCACUGUGUUACUGAAGCUCGUGUUGCCGUUUUCACCUUUGGUUAGCAUUUCAUGUUUUAAGUUUCUUGAAAUUCAGGUGAAAUUUUGCCAUAAGCAUGUCAUUUCCAUAGGAAGAUGAAUUUUUGCUUCUAAAGUUCACACUUUGCUAGCUAGGGGAGAAGGUAAAUUGUAUUUUGAACAUGAGGUAUCCUGCUUCUUAGUUCUCUCUUUCAUAAAUAUACUAACUUUGGUGAGGAAAUAUCUUCAGUUACAA